ACAAGUCGAGACUACAAAUCUUUGAUUAAAAAAAAAAUGGCCCGUACCAAGCAAACUGCCCGUAAAUCCACUGGAGGAAAAGCUCCCCGCAAACAAUUGGCAACCAAGGCUGCCCGCAAAAGCGCACCAGCCACCGGUGGAGUCAAGAAGCCUCAUCGUUAUCGCCCCGGUACCGUCGCUCUUCGUGAGAUCCGUCGUUACCAAAAAUCGACUGAGCUCUUGAUCCGCAAAUUGCCUUUCCAACGUUUAGUCCGUGAGAUCGCUCAAGAUUUCAAGACUGACUUGCGUUUCCAAAGCUCUGCCGUCUUGGCUCUCCAAGAAGCUAGCGAAGCCUACUUGGUUGGUUUGUUCGAAGACACCAACUUGUGCGCUAUCCAUGCCAAACGUGUCACCAUCAUGCCAAAGGACAUCCAAUUGGCUCGUCGUAUCCGUGGAGAACGUGCUUAAAUUACAUCGAUCUUGACAACAAACUUUGCAAACGGUCCUU